UCAAUUUCUACAAAUGGCGUCUGGUUUUGAGCGACGUUGAAGCGUACCACGACAAGGAUAGUUUUUAGUUCGCCGAAGCAGACGGCCGGAGUAGUAGAGCAUACGCAUAAGUGGUGAGCAGCAAAAGCAGCAGCAGCAGCAGGCAGGCAGCACUACUUUGUAAAUACAUACUGUACAUAUAGCGAGAUGAGUACACAAACCCGUUCUGGAGGUGGCGGCGGCGGUGGCGGUGGCGGUGGCCGUAACAAGUCCAAGGCCAAACAUCAUGAAAAUAAGGAAAAUCUGGCUAAGGACGAAGGACAGAACCAGUCACAGCAGUAUCCGAAAGGAGGUCCGACCGCGAACAAUGUCAGUGGAAAUGAUGGGCUAGCUGGUGGAGCUACGGCUUCCGUGGGCGGCGGUAAAGGAGGCGACCAUCAUAAACAGAAGGGCAGCGGUGGCCACAAGGGCACAGAUAAUGCUGCACCGAAGGUUGUUGAUGUGAAGGAAAAGCAGCCGAAGGAAACUGGCGGCGGAGGUGGCAGCGGCACCGCGGGAACCAACAAUGAAAAAUCCGGCGGACCUACAGGAGCAGCCUCUAGUGCUGGCGCCGGUGGUGCAUCUGCUACUCACACUGCGGUUAAGGCGAAGCAACCGACCGCCGAACAGAUCCGCAUUGCUCAGAUCACAGACAUCAAGAGCGGCAUGGAUGAUCCGAAAAUUCAGGAGAAAAUCCAAAGCCUGAUGGAAACUACGCAACGGUCUGAGGAAGAGGUGUGCUGCGCACUGCAGGAAUGUGACAGUGACUUGGACCGAGCAGUCAUCUUUCUGCUGGAGACGCUUCCGGUGGGCGCCUUCGCGACUACGUCGAAAAAGAAAAAGAGCAAAUCUCAGGCGGCGGCGCAGAAAGAUGGCGAUAACGAUGGGGACUGGGACACAGUUGGUCAGGCUUCCGGUGGCGGCAGCGGUAUUCAGCUGGGUGGCAUCAACGUCGAUCUGAAGGAGCAGCAGCGCCGCGGUGGCAACCGUGGUGGUCCGGCCAAUCAACGUUCUGGUGGUCCGGGUCGUGGUGGCCGUGCUGGGGGCUAUCGUGAUGGUGGCGACCGUGAUAGAGAUCGCGACCGUAAUGGCUACGACAAGGGUGGUGAAGGCGGUGGUUACCGCAACCGGACGGGAGGUGAUGGUGGUCGUAUGCGGGGUGGCCGUGAUGGUGGUGGCCCGGGAGGUCCUGGUCGUGGUAACUACGGAUCGAGGGGAGGUCGUGGUGGUGGUCCGCGGCUUGGCACUCGCGGACCAGGUUCGCGUGAUCAGAAUCGCGGUUCGCGGAUGAUGAACAACGAUCAUCAGGAGAUUGAUUCGUGGGAACCGGUAACGACACCGGCAAACGCAAACGAUCUCAAACCGGAGGAAUGUUCAGCGUUUACCGAUACGUGGGGCGAUUGGGACAACGAGGAGUACACGGGAUCAUUGUCCGAUACCAAAGUUUUUACGGCUAGCACCACGACUACGGCAACAGCCCCGUCUACUGGUACGGGACCACAGCAGCAACAGUCGCAGCAAUCCACGCAGACCGGAGCAACAACUGCGGUUUCCAACGUUACGGAGCUGGCGGCACCGCCGGGACUGGAGCAGCAGGUGCUGAAUCCACCACCACCAAAAGAUACAGAGUUAGUGCAACAGUACAGCACGACUGUCGUUUCAAGCACGGCCACUGCGGCGGUUGCUGCCGGUGGUGGAGCGGCCGGCGUGGCUGGCGUUGUGCCCCAGUAUUCGGACCUGCACGGAACAGGCACUCCGAACGCUACUACUGCUGCUCAGCACUUACGGCAGGCGCUCGAUAUGCCACCCAUGAACACGUCCUCGUCCCUCUCGGUAGAACAAACUCAGUAUUUUAGUACAUUAUCAUCUCAGAAUUCCAAUCUCCAGCCAACGUCCAGCGCUGUUGGUUUCCAGCAGCAGCAACAGCAGCAGCAGCAGCAGCAGCAGUCGCAGCCAGGUGUGGUUCCUUCGCAGCAACCCACCACGGUACCGCAAGCUCAGCAAGUGCAGCAGCCGCAAGCUAAUUCCGUGCAAUAUCCGACCGCAGCAUACGUUGGUGGAACUAACGAUGCGGCCCCGACAAGUUAUGCGGCUGCUGCCACCCAGCAACCACCUGUGCGGCGGCAGCAACGGGCCCGCGUACCGCCACCAUCCAAGAUCCCAUCGACUGCGGUCGAAAUGCCGGGAGACAAUAUGAACAGUAUUGGUUACCUGGAUGUGCAGUUUGGCGGUCUCGACUUCGGUGCGGACGACUCGUUCGAUGCUGUGGUGUCGGAUAAGUUCAAUUCCACCGGUGGAAGCGGUGGUGGUAGUGGCGUAAUGGAUCAACCCUCCUCUACCGGACAAGUUGCGUCGGUAUCGCAAGCAACGCAGUCUGUUGGUGGGCAGCCGCAAGCGUCACAAACUCAGCCUGUGCAGCAGCAACAGGGAACGCAAGUGCCGCAAGCAACGGUAGGAGUGCAACCUCAACCAACGCCAAGUCAGUUGCAGCAGCAGCAACAGCAGCAGCAACAAGUCGUUUCGCAAACUCCGCAGCAAACUGUACAACAGCCGGUGGAUGUAAACGACUACCAGACGAAGGUUGGCGGAGGUGUUGUACCGGGCAGCGUUGUCGUGCCGAACAAUUUGCAGCCCAAACCGUCCAACCUACCAGUGGCCCCUGGUUUGACAUCGUCGCAAAUUAUGCCGGGACAGGGAGCAGCAGAAGGUCUCUCGUCUCAGAAUGAUGCGCUGACCAACAGCUAUUCGCAGCGUAACAACGCAACCGGAUCGGUGUCUACGUCCGUUAGUGCCGGUGUGAAUUCCAUGAGCAAUGCGGCGGCUGCGUUAGAUCAACUAACGAAAUCGGAUCCUUAUGGUCAGUCGGCCAGUACAAACACAGCAUUGACCGGUGGCUACCAGAACGUACCAUACUCGUCCACGCAAACGAAUAAAACGCAGUCGUAUCCUCCAUCCGGCGCCCCGCAAGCUUACAACAACAUGAGCUAUUCUACCAACCAGGUAACUAACGCCUAUCCCCCGUCGACGAAUAACUACGGUUCGUACAAUCAGGGCAAUGUGAAUGCUUAUCAGCCGCCGAGCAGCAGCGUGACCAACAACGUCGUUCCGAACAACAAUGCCGGCAACUCUGUUGGAGGUGUUUCGAAUCAGUCGAACCUACCGGUCAAUAACAACGCGGUUAAUAGCAGCUCGAACAAUAAUUCUGGUGGCUACUUAUCCAGCCAAUAUCCCGUAAAUCAGACGUCGUCUGCCUUCCCGUCUCAGCAGAACUAUCAAAACAGUUCGCAGAACGUGUAUGGAAACGCCGGGCUUAGUAGCAACACAGGGUAUUCUGGAAGCACAAACACUACAUCCGGCCAGUAUGGUAGUAAUUUUAGCUCGUCGAAACUGAAGGACACGCCGGUGGUUUCAACGCCAUUCGAAAGUGUGGCAUCCAGUACGGUUUCGAAUAGUAAUGCGAACAAUUCGAAUAACAAUGUAACAAGCUCGUCUUCGCUGCCCAUCAGUUCCGUGGUAUCCACGACAACGAAAAGCAGCAGUAGUACUAGCGGCACGGGUGUCGUCACCAAUAUGCCGUUGGUAAAUCCGUACAUUCAGGCACCGGGUGUGCCGUUCUACCAGCAGGCUGCUGUCUAUUCGUACGAAGAUCUGCAGCUAAUGCAACAGCGUCUGCCGCAUGUGCCUGGUUUUUACGACAUCAACUACCAGACGCCUACGAGUCUCGGCGCGGCCGGAGUACGCGAUGCGAAUCUCGGUUCCGUCGCGUACUCGACCAUGUCCGAUGGUCGGUUCACGCGAACCGACAACAACUCGUCACCUGUUAGUAAUGUUCCCAGUUCCUUGUCCCAACAAACAGGGUCUGGUGGUCCUAUGUUGAACCUGCCAUACGCUUAUUUUUACGGCGGCAAUAUGAUGCCGGCCAGCGGCUUCCAAUAUGGCACACCUGUCUAUCCUCAACAGAUGCCGACAAAUGCGGCAACAUCCGGCGGUCAGUUCCAGAAGCCGGCUUAUAACACCGGAGGGUAUGGUUCGGCGGCCGGGUAUGACACGCUAGGCCAAUCGGGUCAGGAUUACAACAAGAAUGCUUACCAACCGUCGAUCGUGGGACAGCAGCAAUCGAAGGGUCAAACGGUAGCCAAUCCGCAAUCCGGCACUGGCAGUGGAUCCGACAUGGCACCGUCCAUGUAUGGGAAAAACCACGUGGCAAUUAACAAAGUCAAUUAUGACAAACAAUCGUACCAUUCGGGAACACCGCCGCCGUACAAUAUUGCCGGAACACAGACGGCUGGAACAACUUCCGCACAACCCUACGGGCAGCAUCUCGCGUACAUACCAACAAUGGCGACGCAUCACAAUAUCAAUAUGCAUCAAAACAUGCAUCAGGAUUCCAACAGCAGCGGUCAAAGACCGCAGACUAACAACCAGGGAAAGACUGGAAGCAAGCAGCAAGGUUAUUCUGCGUCUACUUACUGGACUGGGCCGAACUAAAGUCGCGUAGGAAGUGGGGGGGAAAAUA